AUGAGAGUCAAUGGACUCAAGGUACUGGCAUUAUGGGAUACAGGCAGUACAUCCAUGGCAAUGUCACCCAACUGUGCCGAUAUAUCCAAGGCCAUCAUAUUUAACCUAACAUCCCCAAUGACCCUGCAACUAGGGACAAUAGGAAGUCGGUCAAAAAUUAACUUCGGGACUAAUUCCAAGGUGGAAAUGCCAGGAUACAUGGGACCAGAAUACUUCGACAUAGUAAACAUCAAUCGAUACAAAGUAUUGAUCGGCACUCUAUUUAUGCACCAUCACAAUGUGAUACUUGACUUCAACAAGAAAUGCAUACAGGUGAACAGACAUGACAUUCCUGCCAUAGUCAUAAUGGGAGAGGGAAUGGGAAAGGACAUGAACAGGUAUUGA